AUGAUAAGUUUAAAACAAAAUAGUUUGAAGAUAGCAAAACACGUUUUAUACUGGAUGUUUGCUCUCUGUUUUCGAAAAAGAGACUGAGUUUUGCUACGAGACCGCUAAUAACAGUUUCUCUGUAAUUCUACCCAAAUUUAAUCUGUUUGUUUGUAAACUUGGGAGAAACUUGUCAAAAUUGCUGCAAUGAGUUUGAGUGUUGGGGGGUAUUCCCACCCGGGAUUUCCUCACCCUGGUCCCAUGUCCCACGAUUUCUACCAGUACCAACAGAUGGCGCGUUAUCCAGACCACUGUCCCGAUGCAACGUAUUUCCAGAACUGGGUUCUAAAUGGAGUAAAUGGACAUCACUCGGAUAUUCCGGUUUCUCCGGAGUCCUAUGGUAUGUGCACACCGAGUCCGACAGAAUAUCAUUCCAUUGGAGGCGAACACUAUUACCCGAAUUUCGACAGGUGUUUAAAACGAAGAACUACUGCUAACAAAAAAGAGCGACGUAGGACUCAAAGUAUUAACACAGCUUUCGCUCAACUCAGGGGAUGUAUUCCAAAUGUGCCAUCGGACACAAAGUUAUCCAAAAUUAAAACUCUUCGACUGGCAACUAGUUACAUAGCAUAUCUAAUGGAUGUUUUGUCUAAAGACGAUCCGAACCUCACCGAAAAGGGAUUUAAAGCCGAGCUGACGAAGAAAAAAGAUGAAAGAAAAGAAAAACCAGAGAAACAGAAGGAACAGGUCGUCUCCGAUAAUUCAAGUUCAGAAUCUACCAGCCCGACCACAAACAACGAUAAAAAAUCGAAAGGACGAACAGGGUGGCCGCAGCACGUUUGGGCGUCUGAACUUAAAAACUGACGAGAAGAAAAGAAAAAAGAAAACAGGGUGGACAGAACUUCUGGAAACCGGAAGAAGUGCAGUGAUGCGCAUGCGCGUCAGUGAUCCGUGCGAUACUGUUUCAGAGUCUGAUGUCUGAGAACCGAAUGCUGUGAUCAAAUUCAGUCAUGUCAAGAGAACAUUCUAAAACUGCAGCGCCCGUCCUAAAGCAGGGAAACAAGCAGAAUGUCUGCGAGUUGGAUUCUUCCAGUGUCUGAAAAGAUAUGUUUUCAUUUCUUUUAAUGACUUCCAUCAAUUUGAUUAAAAUUCAAUGGCAAACUUGAUGCCCCGAACAGUGCACAUUGCAAUGACUACAUGCUACCUAAUUUUAUCUUAUCAUUUCAAAUGACUCCGGAAGGCUAAAUGGUAUACUCAUUUUCCUACAACAUUCUUUUAUGACAUUUUGUUGGCAAAUGUUGGCAAAAUCAAUUGUAACAUUUCGGAUAAUGAGAAGACUCUUGUUUUUUUUUUUUGUUCAGUUUUGGUUUUCUUUGAAAUGAAGAAAACUAGAUUUUUUUUUUUACUCAAGUGCACUGUAUGUUGAACUCGUUAACUAAUUGUAUGGGAGGAGUGUAGAAACUCAAUAAACAAGCCGAGCUUAUACAGAA